CUUGAGGCUGCAAAAGAAAGAAAAUAAAAGGCAAUAUAAGCAGGUUAGUUGUAUACAAACAUCGGAGUAGUCUAACAUCUAGAAAUAUUGUAAGGGAGCCGGCGCAAUUUGUUUCCGUCAUUGAACAUUUCUUUAUGGUUUUGUGGUGUCGUGCUUUUUAUGUAUGGGGUUUGGAAAAGGACUUCGGUAAUAAUUGCUAUCAGCCUGCAAUUCAGCUGUGACAUUAUUUAGGAAAAACAUGAGUUCCUAUUUCGUCAACCCUCUCUUUUCAAAAUACAAAGGUGGCGAGAACUUGGAACCAACUUACUACGACUGCAGGUUCCCUCAAAGCGUCACACGAAGCCAUGCGCUGGUGUAUGGAGCAGGAGCGGCAGCAUCAGGCUUUCAGCAUCCGCCUCAUCACGUCCAAGAUUUCUUCCACCAUGGGACGCCGGGAAUAUCAACGCCGGGUUACCAACAGAACCCAUGCGCAUUGGCUUGCCGUGGAGAUGCCUCAAAAUUUUAUGGAUACGAAGCUCUUCCCAGACAACAGCUUUAUGGUACCCAACAAGAAGCUAGAGGGGCACAAUACCCAGACUGUAAAUCGGCAAAUGGCACCAAUAUCGGAGAAGAACAAGGCCAAUUAACAAAUCCUCCAAGUCUACUGUUUCCGUGGAUGAGACCGCAUGCUCCAGGAAGACGCAGUGGUCGUCAGACCUACAGCCGAUACCAAACUCUGGAGCUGGAGAAGGAAUUUCUGUUUAAUCCAUAUCUCACCCGUAAACGUCGGAUCGAGGUAUCUCACGUUUUGGGAUUAACGGAACGACAGGUGAAGAUUUGGUUCCAAAACCGACGAAUGAAGUGGAAAAAGGAAAACAACAAAGACAAAUUUCCAGGCCAAAAAGGACAGUCAGAGACCGAGGGCAAAGCAGUGGGUGAGAUCGACGGAGAGAGAGAAGAAGGGUGCAACGAUGACGCAGUAGCAGCCCAGAGUGAUAAAAAGGAAACUGGAGACGAAGAAGAUACAAAAGAAUAAUCUUAUUCUAAAUGUAAAAGUGAUAUGCUUGGU